AUGCCCAACGCACUCCGUGAUCUCACCGAGACUUUCGUGGAUGAGGAAAACAGCCUCAUUUUUGAGAAAAAUGUCUCCAUCCCUCUCAAAGCCGACGGGACCGUUAUUCGGUGCAACGUUUACCGUCCCAAAGCCGAGGGCAAGUACCCUGUUCUGGUCACGUAUGGGCCAUAUGGGAAGGACAUUUACUAUGGAGACUUUCACCCCAAAUCCUAUUCCGAGGUAAAUCCUGAGCAUAAAUCCAAAUAUGCCGCAUGGGAAACGCCCGAGCCGGUCUUUUGGACUGCCCGCGGCUAUGCGAUUGUGAGAGCCGAUGAGCGAGGCCUGGGCCAGUCCCCCGGCGUGUUGGACACCAUGUCUGCAGGCACGGCAAACUGCUUCUUCCAGGUUGUCGAAUGGGCCGCGGACCAGCAGUGGUCUUCCGGCAAGGUUGGCCUUCUGGGGGUCAGUUACUAUGCGGGAAGCCAAUGGCGAGUGGCAGCAAAGCGGCCGAAGGGCCUCGCAUGUGUCAUUCCCUGGGAGGGAAUGUCCGACUAUUACCGCGACCGUUGCCGCCACGGAGGUAUCUUUUCGAACAACUUUAUCAACUUCUGGUGGAACCGGCAGGUCAUCACUAACCAGUACGGCCGACCUGGUAGAGCAGGUGCCAAGUGGGGGGAGGACACCAUCGAGGGCGAUCUAUCAUCUGAAGAGCUUCUGGCCAAUGUGCGUGACCAGAAUUUGGACAACGAGGCGAACAGGUUCCUUGAUGAUGAGUAUUAUGCGUCCAAGAUCUUUCCGCCAGAGGAUAUUGAAGUGCCGCUUCUAUCAGUGGCUAACUGGGGAGGCAUCUCCCUUCACCUGCGAGGAAACGUUGAGGGCUACACGUACGCAGGGUCGAAAUCCAAGUGGCUGCGCUUCAUUGUUGGACGCCACGAUCUCCCAUUUUACUACAAAGAGGAGGUCGAUGUGCAGGUGAGUUUCCUUGAGGCGUUCCUCAAAGACAACGACUACGCCGGAUGGAAAUCUGGCAAGGUUCCUCCCGUGAGUGUGUGCCUGCGCAAGGGCAACGUCGGGUUCAACAACCCCGAGGGUGAAAAGACGUUCCCCCGUCGCGAGGAGCAAGAAUGGCCGAUUGCGCGUACGGUCUAUACAAAGUACUAUCUCACCCCAUCGCGCGUCCUCACCGAACUGCAACGACCGACGGUGAACCCAACAAAGCUCUCAUACAAGGCGUUUGGCGCUCAGGCCGAUUCCCACAUGCUCCAGUUCAACACGGCACCUGCAACAGCCGAGUACGAGGUCACCGGCCAUAUUGUUGCGCACCUCAACGUGUCCGUGACGAGCGCCAUCUCGCCGCCACCGGCCAACCUCGACCUAGAUCUCUUUGUCACUUUGAGGCACCUUUCCGCCACCGGAACCGAGAUUUACUACACCGGCUCAUCCGGUGACGCGGUUCCGGUGACUAAAGGAUGGUUGAGGCUCAGCAUGCGGAAGGUGAACGAGGCAAGUCCCCGUCAUCGGGAAUACCUUCCCUGGAGGGAAUACCGCUCGACCGAUGUCCUCCCGGUAAAAAAUGAGGAGAUUUACACAUGCGAUGUGGAAUUAUGGCCCACAAACCUUGUCGUCCAGGAGGGCGAAACCCUCAUGUUUGAAAUUGCUUCAGAGGACACUCAAGGCGCUGGAUUGUUCAAGCACAACUCUCCAAUAGACAGACCAAAGGAGAAGUUCGGCGGAGAAAAUCACAUCCAUUUUGGUGAAUCGCUCGAGAAUUACCUUGUGCUUCCGAUCAUCCCAAAGGCUGCUUGA